ACUCAGCUCAGGGGGGCUGAUUGCACCCCUACAUCUACUCUACAACAACUGUAUUUUUUAAAAAACUGAAAAAGCGAUGGAAGUCCACAACGAGUCGGCCCAAAUAAGCAGAACAGAAGCAACGUGAACUCUACCGAAACGACAACGUUUCCUCUUCUGCCUCCUGCGUUUCGUGCAUGGUAGCUUGAGAUCUUCUCAUUUCAGCUGAUAUCAAGUUUGAAAAUUCAGAGUUUCUGAUUGAGGAAGGUCUCCUCGGUUUUUUGUUCAUAAGUACGAUAUCAAGUUCAGUAUUAGGUUUAUGUGAUAAUGUCAGAAGAGGGAGAGAGCAUUAGUGUAGUAUCUGAAAGUGGCAUGGAAGAUUCUUUAAAGACUGAGAAACAGUUGUCUGAUGCCAAUGGUGGAAUUAAUGGGAGUCUUGUGAAGGAAAAUGUGACUGAUGAUGACAGAGACGAUUAUGCAAAUGUUGACCAUGAUCAGCUUUUGGAAAUGGUCAUAGAACUGAAAUUUCAGAAUGAAAUCUUGAAGUCUCAGUUUGAGGGAUUGAAAACUCUUAGAUCAGAGGAUGAUGGGUCGUGCCAACAAAAAGAAGUUGUGCAGGAGAGUAGGAAAUCUGUGGAUGUCAAAGAGCUGUAUGAAAGAAUUGAGUCUUUGAGUAAAGAACUCCAUGAAGAGAAAGAAACUCGUGGUGCUGCAGAGAAAGCUUUGGAGCAUCUACGAGUGGCAUAUUCAGAGGCAGAUGCAAAGGCUCAAGAAUUCUCUACCAAGCUUGCUGAAGCUCAGCAGAAGUUGGAUCAAGAAAUUAAAGAGCGUGAGGAGAAGUACACUGAACUUGACUCCAAAUUUAGCAGGCUCCAUAAACGAGCAAAGCAGCGUAUUCAAGAGGUUCAGAAGGAGAAGGAUGAUCUUGACGCUCGAUUCCGUGAAGUGACAGAAACAGCUGAACGAGCAUCAUCCCAACACUCAGCAUUGCAACAAGAGUUGGAGCGCACUAGGCAACAAGCAAAUGAUGCAUUGAAAGCAAUGGAUGCCGAGAGGCAACAAUUGAGGAGUGCUAAUAAUAAACUCCGAGACAACAUUGAGGAGUUGCGCUGUUCAUUGCAACCUAAAGAAAAUGCUCUUGAGGCAUUGCAACAGUCACUUCUGGAGAAAGAGCAGAUUUUGGAAGACAUGAGAGCCUCAAUACAAGCUGCAGAAGAGAAAAGGCAAGCUUCUAUAGCUGAACUUUCUGCUAAACAUCAAAAGAAUUUAGAGAGCUUGGAAGCCCAGCUUGCUGAUGCUUUAUCUGACAGAAGCAAAGCAACCGAAACAAUUUCAUCUUUACAGGUACUAAUUGCAGAGAAAGAGUCUAAGAUUGCUGAGAUGGAAGCAGCUUCUACAGGUAAAGCAGCAAGGCUUAGAGCUGCUGUGGAAACUGUUAAAGGAGAGAUUGCCCACCUGAAAAAUGAGCAUGAGAACGAAAAGGAGAGCUGGGAAGCUGCCUCUCAGGCACUGAAAAAGAAACUUGAAAUUGCUGAGAGUAACUGCAUACGAGCUGAAAUUGAAGCAGCUAAGUUGAGAAGUCAGCUGGAAUCUGAAAUGUCUGUGCAAACCCAGAUGCUAAGUAGUAGAGAUGCUGAACUUAUGGCUCUUAAAAAGGAGAUCAGCCGCAUUGAAAGUGAAUUCUCUUCUUACAAGGUUCGUGCUCAUUCACUUCUCCAAAAAAAAGACGCAGAACUAGCUGCUGCUAACGACUCUGAGCAGCUCAAAGCUCUCGAGGAAGCAUUGAAAGAGGCUGAAAAAGAAGUGUCACUGGUAUCUGAAGAAAGGGAUAAGGCCCUUCAAGAUCUUCACGAUGCUUUGGCAAAUCAUGAUAAAGAGCUUGCAGAAAGAGACGCAGCCCUAGACAAUGCCAGGCAGCAGAUAAAGAACUUGGAGAUAAAGCUUGAUUCUCUGAAUGCUCAACACCUAUUAGAGAAAGAAACAUGGGGGAAAACCCUUCAAAAUGUGGAAGAAUCAUGGCAAGUCAGAUGUGAAUUAUUGAAAUCUCAAAAUGAAGCAUCCUCUGGUCUAGAUGUACAAAAGGAAUUAGAAGAACUUAGACUACAGUAUAAACGACUGAAGGGAGAACAUGAUUCAUUCCGUGAUCUGGCUGAUAGAAUGAUUGAGGAGAGAGACAGUGAAAUUUCUAGAAUUCUGGAUGAGAAUAAGAAUCUUCAAAGAUCUCUGGAGUCAAGACCAACAGCCAACCACAGUGAUAAUUACAGUGCAGCUUCACAAAAACAGGAUGCUAUGAAUUCUGGCACCUCGGUAGCAGAGCAGCAGAUUCUGCUUUUGGCCAGGCAACAAGCUCAGAGAGAGGAAGAACUAGCACAGACCCAGCGGCACAUUUUGGCACUUCAAGAGGAAAUUGAGGAGCUUGAGCAUGAAAAUCGUCUCCAUACCCAACAGGAAGCGAUGUUGAAGGAAGAGCUUCGCAACAUGGAAAGAAAGCUGAAGCGAGAAGGGGUUGAUAUGACAUAUCUGAAAAAUGUUGUCGUAAAGCUUCUUGAAACAGGUGAAGUUGAGGCCUUGCUACCUGUAAUAGCAAUGCUUCUUCAAUUCAGUCCUGAAGAGAUGCAGAAGUGUCAACAAGCCGACCGCAGCUCCACGGAUGUCCCGCCCACUCCGCCAAGUGAUGCUUCAGGAUCCAGUCUAUCACUUUUCUCAAGAUUCUCAUUUUCAUAGUAGAAUGACCAAAUGACCAAAUGAGAAUUCUUUUAUCACAUGAGAAUCAUCCACAAUCAUCGCAACUUGCUGCAGAUGUCGGCUGCCUGGCUGCAGAUUCAAAAUCAGAGGUGUGUGGUCAGUAAAUCUUGUAUUGUUGUGUAACAUUACUUUGUCAAUUCUUCAGAUAAUAUAGACAACAGAACAGUUACGAGUGACAUGGAUAUACAACGAUUAUGAGAGUAUGAAGGUUCCGGCCAUGUUCAGCGACGCUAUCAGGAAGAAAUAUUGAAGUUGUUUUUCUUUCUCUCAAGUCUCUGUAGAGUAUGAAAAAAUUAUGCUCAGAGAACCAUAUGCAAAAAUCAAAAUUAUGCAGAAACAAAAAUUCAUCAAGUAAAUCUGGAAUUAAACAUUGA